AUGACAACCGCUUCAAUCAAUUACCUCGACCCCACCACCGUGCCCGCCGGUACGAAACCCUGGGCCAAAGUCGACGCCCCCGCAACCUCCUACGGCAUCGUCUCCCGCCGGCGCAGCAUAACCUCCAUCCGCGACUGUCUAACCCUGCACACCUCCUCCCAACGCGGCGCCUUCGGCACUGACAUCGACAUCGCUGGCUUCGCGGUGUACACCUCCCCCUCUCCGUACUACGCCAAAUACGGCAGCGCGGGGUUCACGCAAGAACUCGAUCGCCAGAUCCGCGAGGGGUAUUACCCCGAGGUUGAGGAGCUUCUGCGCCGGAAGUUGCGGGAUGGGAACAAGAUCAGGCACGUGGUGAUUUUCGAUCAUACGAUUCGGAGGAAGGACCCGAAUGCUCCGCGACAGCCGGUGUAUAGAUUGCACGUGGACCAAACGCCGCGGUCGGCAGAGGCGAGGGUGCGGCGGCACGCGGGGAAAGCGCUGGGUUUGAGUGAGGAAGAGGUUGAGGGAUUGCUGAAGCGGCGGUGGCAGCCGAUCAAUGUGUGGCGGUCGAUCGGCGAGCAACCGGUGCGAGACGCGCCGCUGACGGUUGUCGAUUUUCGGACAGUGAAUCGGGAGAAGGAUUUGGUUGCCGUGAACUUGCUUUAUCCUGUCCGGCCGAAAGACGGAGAUGAUGACGACGAUCGCGGGAAGGAGGUGCUGCCGGAUCUGGAGAAGCUGCAGAGCACGGAGGGGUACGAAGUCAAGGGGGAGACGUAUGCCGUGCAGCCAAAUGAGGAGCACAAGUUUUACUAUUUGGAUGAGAUGACGCCGGAGGAGGUGAUGUUCAUCAAGUGUUUUGAUAGUUGGGGAGAGGACCAACCAGGUGGAAAGAAGGGAAUCGCAGGGCUAACUCCACAUACGGCAUUUUUGGACGAGAUGGCGCCCGAGGGGACGAAACCGAGGGAGAGCAUCGAAGUUAGAUGCCUUGUGUUUUAUGACGAGUACUAA